AUCCCUCGAAAUCGUACAUUUACAGCUGGAUGCCUCCCAAACCGAGUAUCAAUGCCAAGAAGGCAAAGCUCUAUAACAGUCGGACGAUCCGUACCGAGCUCUCGGAUCCUAGCUUCACAGAUAAGGAAAAGCUCAGCAUUCCUGACUUUCUCAAAACACGAGAAUUUGAGAUCAGAUCGUUUGAGCAGUCCCAGUUAAAUACCAAGUACGCCUCGUCAUCGCGUGUGUUCCAGAGUUUACCGAGAACACUAAGGAGAAGGACGGCGUCUCAUAAUGUCAAGAGAAUACCCAAACGACUUCGAUCGCGAGCCAUUCGCGAAAUGCAAAACUCUGUCAAUGGCCAGCCUGAAAAACGCAAGCACCAAAGAGGGAGACAAUUGUACCGUCUCCAGGUCAUGAAAAAGCUCUUGAAACUUGGAUCCAGAUUGAAGUUGAUGAGAGGUGUUCCCAACGAACAAGUGUUGAAGGACCAGACAAUACGGAACCGAAUUAAGGAAUUGAAUACCCAGAUUAAAUCGUUAGAGAAAGAUCGUUCAAGUCCGGAGAUCAACAAUGAUUUGGGCUCAUAUGAUAAUACAGGCGUAGACGAGUUUGCUCCAAGACCCAAAGGUAAUUUAAAGUACCAUAAACGUCAAAAGAAUUUUGUCUGGCUUCCAACUCAUGUAUGGCAUGCUAAACGUUUCCACAUGACUAAACAGUACGGUUACCAGAUUCCUUUGGCACCAACCCAAAAAUGCUUUAAAGCCAUGAACAGACAUAACAAGCACGAUGCAGUUAUUUUUGAUACCUCUUUUCAUGAUAAACUUAUAAUAGAAAUUGCAGACAAUGCCGACUUCAUCCAGUUCUUGCUAGAAAUAACAAAGUACAAGAAGAAAUUGCCAACUGAGAUUGUAGACGGAACCAAAAGCUAUAGCGAUUGGAUUUUCUUAGAAAACGAGAAGGUUGCUAAAGUGUUAAUCUACGCAAAUAUUAGUCUCAAAAAGAUCUUAGUGUCGGUUUUACCAUCUCUUUUCAUGGAUAUUUAUUUCAAGAUCAAGGCCAAGCUUGCCAACUAUAAGUCAAAUACCACCAUCAACGAUUGCAGAUAUUCCUUAGGAAGUAUUGAUAUCUGUGGCCCACAGGCUUUACCGGCCAUCAGUAAGAUUCUUCAUUUGUACAAGCUCGAAAAUUCGGAUAUCCAAAGAACGUGGAGGACUUUGGCCCAUAACACAGAUUCUGGUUUGGUACCUAUUGGAACUACAUUGAGUUUUUCUGUCAAGGAUCCUAGAUUUUGGAAGAGACCAUCGAGACUUCCCCCGUCAGCAUCUGAUAUCUCUUUGAAUGAAUUGGUAAUAGCGUUGAAUAAUGAAACUAGCUCAAAUAUAGACUCGGAUUCCAUUGCAAAUCUUCUAUCUUCUCGAAGCAGAAAUGAAUCCUAUGACGGGCAAAUGUCAAUUAAAUCCAUCAGCAAGGAAUUCAAUAAAUUCUAUGAAUUAAUUAACAGAUCAAGAAUUCCAUUAUUGAUCACAAAAUUGGCAGAAGGAAGUUGGUCACUCAUUCUUCCGUGGUAUUGGGUAUUACCUAUUUGGAUUCUGGCUACGAAGGUUCGUCAGAUCAAGGUUGGAGGCUUGAAACAAAGACAUCAAUUCAACUUCGAGAAUGAAAUUCCAACCUUCCCAUACGAUUUUCCAUUUUUGCGUGAUGGUUGGCUUCACAAUAACGCCGUUGGUACCUUGACGGAAGCGAAGUUUGCCAAACUUAAGCAAAGCCACGUCGACAUUUCAAGACCAGAUUUCCAAAAUCUGUCCAUAAUAAGCCCAUUCAAAUGUGAUUGGACCGCUAUUCGUAAUAUCAUAUUCCUUAAGAAAUUAAGUGGAAAAACUGAUCUAGAGCUUGCCCAGCUUGACCCGGGUUUUGCUACCCAUGUGGGUAACUUCUCUACCAGAGAGUUGAAGAGCUUACAUGACAUUGAACAAUCCAGCAAAUCUAUCAGCAAAAUCUAUACCGAAGAAAAAGCUCCUGAAAUUCUGAUAGUGAUAUAUUGCAAGAACAAUGAGUUCCACAAACAAUUUGUCGAUGGAGCCUAUGAGAUAAAGUCUCUUGUUGAUGUAAAAAUGAAACAAUUGCCAGUGAUUCAAAUAGCUAUUCGAUUGCAAAAUAAAGGUUCGAUUAGUGAUGGAGCCAGAAUAUUCUUGUCUGACAGUUUCAACACCAAUCCAGAAGGUUUUGUCACGAGUGGUGCUUAUAAUCUCAACGAGGGUCAACCUACUGCUAUUGGCUUGAUUCGUGCUGAUGUGAAAAAGCUCUCUAAUCCAACUAUAUACAUCAGAAACAUCGGCAAGACAACUUUCUACCCAGCUAAAUUUGUGGAAAUUAAGUAGACGUUUAAACAUUAAAGUGCAAGGAAUUUC